UCUAGGUCCUAGGAGGCUUUGGUUGGCUCGCUGGCUUGGAUUGAAGUGAAGUUGAAUUGAAAGGUGCGACCACCGCUGACGGCGAGAUUUCGCGCACAAGAAUCGUGCUCUCACGUACCGAAUUGCCGAUUUCAAAUUUUCAUUUUUUCCUUUUUUUUUAAUUUCGAGUGAAGUGAAUAUUUUGAGUGUUUGUGCUAUUAUUGGUUUUCUUCGUUAAAUAUGACAUUGUGACUGGGAACAUUUUAAUUUUUGAUUCUUAAAGGAAUAUCAUCACUCUUCUUUUAUUGCGAAGAUGAUCCAUCGUAAGAGCUUCGCAUUCAUUUUGCUGUUUCUGGUCUCCAUCUCUUCAACCGAAGAUUCUAGGCCAUGUAUAGAAAUAUCCAGAGAACUACGUUUUCCUUGCUCCUGUACUUUAGGACCUAUUGAACAAGCGUUGGAUGGAAACCCUUCGAUUGCUGUCAACUGCGAUAGAGUAGUUUUUUCGUCAGAAAUUCCUUCACUUCCCUUCGGUGCACCAAUCGUGUCGUUCAGUCAGAGAUGGGCGGGACAUCAGUCACUACCCACACAGGUCUUCACCUCCACGGAUCUUCCACUAAGAAGUAUAGAUCUUUCGGGUAAUUCUUUACGAAGACUAACAGAAAGGAUGCUACAAAGUUUGAAAGCUACACUGGUGGAACUCAGAUUGGCUGACAAUCUGCUUGGAGACACUCUAAAUCCAAUUUUCUCCACGACAGAGUUUCGGGGAUUAAGCCAUCUUCAGAUUUUAGAUUUGAGCGGUAAUAGUAUUAAAGCCAUCGAAGAAGGAAUUUUGGAAGGAUGUGAUAGUUUACAGGAGCUUUAUCUUGGGAAAAAUAGCUUCAAUUCAGUUCCAAGUUCUUCGUUAAAUGGUCCCCAUAAGCUGAGAUUGUUGUCUCUUACGGACAAUCGUAUAGAUACUGUGAAGUCAGAAGCCUUCAAAUCACAACCGUAUUUGGAAUAUCUAGACCUAAGCAAGAAUCUAAUAUCUUACAUUGAGAGUAACGCUUUUUCACCUUUAGAAAAGCUAAAGUCAUUAAAACUGACUCAUAAUAGACUUUCUAGGUUUAACAGUGACGUAUUUCAAGGAGCUGAUAAUUUACUAUUGCUAGAUUUGUCGCAGAACUACAUUAUAGAGUUUCCAAAUAUUGCCCUUAAAGCUUUUGCAAACUUGCGGUAUUUGAAUCUAUCUUCAAAUGUUAUACAGAGCCUCGAUAAUAACCAUUUAGCAAACUUAAAAGGUCUUUAUCACUUAGAUCUGAGCAGGAAUAACUUGGCAAAUAUUGUACCAGGAACUUUCUUGGGUUUAAAGCAACUGAGAAGACUGGAUAUUGGAGUUAACUCGUUAAGGACGAUUGAAGACGAUGCUUUUGAAGGUUUAGACAAUUUGGAAUUUCUUAACUUGAAAGACAACAAUAUUCUAUUGAUACCAGCUUCUGCUUUGGGACGUUUGCCGAAACUAACAUCACUUCAAUUGGACUACAACCGAGUAGCUGCUCUAUCGGCGGAUAUUUUGAGAUCUAUAGCGGAUAGAGUAACAAAACUAGUCAUAUCGAAGAAUAUAGUAAGGGAACUACCAUCUGCGUCAUUCCAGAACUUCAAUCAGCUUGAAAAUUUAGACCUAUCGAGAAAUUUAUUGAGUUCUUUAAAUUCAGAUGCGUUUUCUGGCUUAGAAAACACUUUAAUUAGCUUAGAUUUAUCCCAAAAUCGCAUAACAAAUCUAGCUGGUACUCCUCUAACGUUACUUAAGCUGCAGAAACUUGACUUGAGCGAUAACCAUCUUACGGACAUUUCCAGAAACUUUUUUACUUUACUGCCAUCCUUGCAACACCUCAAUGUCAGCAGAAAUAAGCAUCUGAACAGUAUUCCUGUUUCACUUUUGCACAAACUUAAUCAGCUGGAAGAGUUAGAUCUUAGCUAUGGAGGAGUUAAAUCUUUACCUGCAGAGUUCUUGAUAAAGUCCAAGAAUAUCCGAGAGAUAUAUUUAACGCACAACAGUAUUUUGGAAAUAUCAGAAGGUGUGUUCAGCAACAUGUCCAACAUUACAACCAUAGAUUUAUCUUUCAACAAUAUUUCCAAUAUCAAACCAAGUGCAUUUGUGAAUUUAAUGAAUAUAAGGAAGCUGAUUUUAAAGGGGAAUCAGUUGACGUCGUUCAAGGGAGAGUUUUUCAAUACGGGAACUAGCUUGGAAGUACUAGAUAUUUCUGAAAACCAACUGAGUUACCUAUUUCCCUCAUCGUUCCGGAUACAUCCACGGCUAAGAGAAAUUAGAGCAAGUAAAAACAAAUUUAACUUCUUCCCAGCUGAACUGAUAGCCAAUCUUCAAUUCUUACAACACAUAGAUCUAUCCCAAAAUCAACUUAAAGCUAUAGAAGAGUUAGAUUUUGCAAGACUACCGCGUCUCAGAUCUUUAUUGUUAACUAAAAACCAAUUGGAAUCGAUCAGUGACAUGGCCUUUCACAACUCUACUCAGCUUCAAGUGUUAGACCUAAGCUACAACAAACUGGAUCGGUUGGGAGACAGAACCUUUGAAGGUUUAGUACGACUAGAGCUUCUUGAUCUUGAAGGAAACCUAUUAACAGAUCUACCAGAGACCAUUUUUGAGAGGGUAAGACUACAGAUGCUUGAAAAUAUAAAUCUAGCCAGGAAUCUCUUUGAAGUAGCACCGUUGAAACCACUGCAAAGGCAAUACUUCUUCGUAAACUCUGUAGAUUUAUCUCAUAACAAACUUAGAGAGGUACCAGCAGAUGAUAGUAUAAUGGUGAAUAUUAAACGACUGGACUUGUCUUUUAACCCCUUAUCCAAGAACGCUAUUAAUAAUAUACUAAGCGAACCUAAAACUGUUCGGGAAAUAAAUCUAGCUGGUACGGGCAUACAAGAAGUACCGCGUUUGGAAACGCCGUUCUUAAAACACUUGAAUUUAUCACAAAAUAACGUAUCAGCCUUGGAUGUUGAUAGUUUCGAAAGAGUUACUCUGUUGGAAGAAUUGGAUUUAUCUAAUAACAGUAUUCAGGAUAUGUCAAAUUUUUCACAAAUUUGGAAAUUGCUGCAUAACUUACAAGCGUUAAAUAUUUCAUAUAAUCCAAUAGCUUCAAUUGCUAACAACGACUUCGUUGGACUAGAAAAGCUAAGAUGCCUCAGUCUACACUCUUUACUAGAAUGCGGUAGAAUUGAAAAGAACGCAUUUAAAGCAAUUCCCAACCUUUCAGUGUUGGACGUUUAUGGAUAUCCCAAAUUAGGAUACUUGGAUAUCCAGGGUUUACUUCAGAACAUGCCGCUGUUAGAAAAACUUAACAUAGAAACCAAAGAUCCAGCAAUAGGGAAAGACCAAUUGCAAUCGUUAUUACAUCCGAGACUUAAAGAAAUCGGUAUCAGAGGAUCAAGAUUAAGAAGUAUAUCUUCAGGAACAUUGUCUGGACUCAAAGGUCCCGAAGUUAUAAUUCGUUUGAUGAACACUUCCAUAACCACCCUUCCACCUGCUAUAUUUUUCCCGGUACCCAGAUCGACCAAAAUCACCCUCGACGUCACUGGAAGCCAACUCACAACAAUCAGUCCCCAAUUGUUGGCCAGUUUUGAAGACAGAAGAGGAGAUCUGAAGAUGAUUGGACUAGAAAGUAACCCUAUAAUUUGUGAUUGCAGUUCUAGGGCUUUAAGAAGGUGGUUGCCUUCACACAUGACUACCAUAAGAUGUUUAGCACCAGAACAUCUUAAAGGUAAACUUCUUGUGGAAAUUGGUGAUGAUGAGCUGACUUGCGACCCAAGAAAAAUAACCCCCACUACUGCCUCAACUUCAACUUCCAUCUUCACUAGAGGUACUAAGCUUCAUCCAAAAAUGACAGAGCCGGAAAUCAUAUGGUCGAUGCCCACGACGGAAAAAGCCAAACCCAAAAUCGCCCAAGCCGGUCAAUCCCCCAUAACCAACGACGAUACCCUAAUAAUAGGCAUAGUCGGAGGAGUAGUAGCCUUCAUAGCAAUACUUGUUAUAAUCAUCUGCAUUUUCAGACUACGAAUGAGCAAUAACCAGUAUCGGGGUGGUCCCAUAGCUGCCGGGAACCCCAUGGUUGGGGUGGUGGGUCCCGGCAGUAGUUGUGCCUGUAGUGUUAAAGGUGCUCCGUCGGUGUAUGCCGUACCUCCGUACGCGGCCGCGUAUUCAGCGACGUUGCCGCACAAAAUUACUGCCUCGGGGCAAAUUUUGAGGCCGUCCAGCUACUCUACGAUGGGACGAGUGCCAUACCAAGCUAGCGCGCAACCCUACUUCAUAGCAACGUAUCCCUCGGAUGAGAAGAUUUACCGGUAACAAAAUGUGUGACGGAUAUAGUUGUAUCCUCUGGUAGAGACAUGAUAAAAAACGUUGUGGUGAUAACAAACACUGUCUAGUAAUGAUUUAUAAGUACCUCAUAUUUGAACUACCAAUUUGUUUCUAGAUUAAACAUUAAGUUAUCAAAAAAAAUGUUGCACUAUAAAAGUGUCUACAGAAGUAAAAACUUUUAUAAUGAAGCCUGGAAAACAUCUUUGGUAUUUAGUCACUUGCAAAUUUCUUUUUUUUUUCAGUUGUUUAUUUUUUUAAAUAACCUCAAAAUGUUAACUAUUUAUUUCUAAUUAUGACUUUAAUCAUGCCAAGUUUAUAGGUCUGGAUCGCGCGUAUGAAAAAAAAGUUGAUUAAUAGCAAGCUGAAAAUUUGUUAACAGAUUAAGGGUGUCCAGUCGGACAAACUUUGAUGUACGGGAACACUGGAACAGGGGAAGUUUUAAUUGUGGAACAAUUUAAACAUUUGGAACGUCAGACCACGAAAACGUCCCAUGCAUUUUGUCGGACAGAACUUCCAAUUGAUUUGUUACCCUUUCAUUAAACUCCCAUGCAAAAAUCAGACUGCUAUUUGUCACCUGUCAUAAUUCCUGUCAUUUGACAUGUUCUACGUGUGCCACUCAUUAAAAUGCCCAGUUGGUGAUAAAUAGCAGUCUGAUUUUUGCAGGACAGUUUAAUGAAAGAGUAACAAAUUAAUUGGAAGUUCUGUCCGACAAAAUACAUGGGACGUUUUCAUAGUCUGACAUUCCAAAUUCUUAACCUGUUCCACAAUUAAAACUUCCCCUGUUCCAGUGUUCCCAUACAUCAAAGUUUGUCCGACUAGACACCCUUAAACUAUUAAAAAAUUUUCAGCUUGCUAUUAUUCAACUUUUUUCAUACGUGGGAUCCAGACCUAUUAUGUUAAUAAUUGCAACUUAAUAAUUUAUAAAAUACUAAAAAAGUCUUAUCAAAUAAAAUCAAAUGUAUGCAACUUACGAUACAUUGGCCGAUUUUAAAAAAAUAUACCCUUUUACAGCUUACCUAUCCCCUCUGUGGCUUAGUGGUAAGAGAGCCUACCUUUCGAUUCAAGGAUUGUGAGUUCGAAUCCCAGUUGGGUUGAAAACUAUUCUUUAUUAAAAAUUUAAUAAAUAAAAAUAAGUUCUAUCCUUGUGGGAUCGGUACUCACCUGAGGGACCGCAGACUUCGGAUUCAAUUACCAUGUCUUUGUAAAGACAAUAAAGUCAACUUUACUAAGUAACAAGACACUUACUCAACAUAAACACUACACAUUACACUAUUGGGACCGUGCAAGUUCGGCAAAGCGACCUCUAUUUCUACGCUCUGUACUUUUAUUCGCACUUUUAAUUAUAUUGGCCAAUUAUAUUAGUCCUGGUUGCUGGAUAAUUGUCAAGACCAUAGUCCAAAAAAAUAAUAAGAAGAAAAAAAUAAGAUGCAGGUUAUGUUUAGCAAACGUAAACAAUUGUAUGUAGUAAAUAAAAUCCGUUAUUAAAAUGCAGUAUUGCAAGCAAAAUACAAUUAAUUAAAUUUACCUUUAUAUAAUAAUUGCAUAUCAUAUCAAUAUUGUGGAGCAAUAUAUAAUUUUUCUAAGUCAAUGACAGAAGGUAUGAAAUAUACGUCAAUUUGACAAUUUCAAUUGACAAUAUGAAUUAUUUAAGAUAGUUGCAAUAUUUCUCCGCGACUCGCGCACGGUCGUUUCUCGUUUCCCUUUCCAAGUACUUGCACACCGCGAUUGCAAUAUGAACUGUACCAUGCCUAUGGCCUUAGUUGUCGAGGCAUUUAAGCUAAAUAAAAAAUAAAUAAAGCUUACCUAUAAAAGUUUUCACUUCAAAAUAUGCUUCUUUAUACGAGGGACGUCAAAUGUUGGAAUGUCUAAUACUUAAUAAAAGCGAAAAGUGAAUAUAAUGAUAUUUACGGGAUAUGUGCCAAAAUUUGUUAUCUCGUUAAGGGCAGUACACAUUUUAUGAGAAAAUCAUUGCUCAAUCGAAUAAAACUUUUUAAUAAAGUGGGCGGCGGCCAUGUACAAAAAUUCUCAAGAAAAUUUUAUUUUUGUAAUUACAUUUAUAUUUAUGUGUAAAAAAUAACUUAAAUAAAUAUAUCAACAUUA